AUGCACGAGGAUUCCAAACGAAAGGGCGGUCUUUGUCCCUUAGAUUUCGCCCUUGGAUGGCCUGCUGGUCUAAAAACACUUCUGAGAUUUGGGCAUGACCCGAGGUCUGCUCUUGAGCUCUCGAUCUAUUUCGGCGAUUUGGAGUCGACUAGAAUCCUUCUCGGGGCCGAUGGCUUCGCUCUGGCAAUUAAUCCUUUAAUUGUGCACGGUGCAUCUGUGCAAGAGAUCCAGGAGAUCCAGGAGUGUGUCAUUGACGCACUGAAGGCUAAGAGAGAGCAGCUCAGAACUAUAGGGCUGGAGAAUUCGGCGGCAGGAGAACUGCAACUGUCAGAUUUUCUUGGCCAAGAGACUGUCCCAAACCCAAAAGGAGUCGUUAUGUGGAAUGAUUUGCGAAGGAAAGGUGUUGAAGUUAGGAGAGAGCUGUUCCCUGGAAGGGCCACAACAGUGUUUGCAUAUCUGGACUCAGAGAGUCGACUCGACUUUGCCGAAAGGCUCUACAAUGCUGGAUUCGAAUCAGUCGACGGUGCAGAGAAGACUGUCGGAACACCGCUCCUCAACCUCGUGAGUCAGACAAGCCUUGGAACUGGGAGCAGUUACGACCUUGUAGCAUGGCUGCUUAAGAAGCAAGCGAGUCCAUAUUUCGGCGCAGACGGCUCAUUCCCCUCGAUGCUCUUCUAUUUCGCCAUCCUGUACGACUCGCUGCGGAGUGACCAAAGAUUCUCGACAGAGAUCCUACCUCUGACGUCCUCCCUCUGCAACCCAAUGUGUACCGACGAUUGUUCCUGCUAUUGCUCCUCCCUUGGUGGGUGUCUACCGGCACAUAAGCUCUGGACUUGCGACCCUUGCAGAAGUUCCCACGGACGCUGCCAGUCAACAAAUCGAGCUGUUUUGAGUUUGCGGCUCCAAGAGUGGCUCAUCUUUUCGCAACUUGACGAAUUAGUCACUUCGAUGUAUCUCGACGAGAUAUGCCGGCUUGAGAUAUUCGAUCGGCUAGGCCUUGCACACACCUGCUGUACUGCUUUUGGUGGUCUCUACGUUAAGAGAAAGACUGUAGACGAAGAGAAACGAAUGGAGCUUCAUGAUGAAGACGCGGUGCUAAUUGAGCAGCUAGAACUCAUCAUGCAAGAAUACAAGCGACUCAAGGGCGGUUGUACGGAGACGCUGUUAGAAUUUUGGGGCAAAUGGUGGGCGAGAAUCGAUAUGAUUUUACCAGAGCUCAGUCCAAAGGAGCGUUGCCGGCGCAAAUCAUUAGAGAGAGAUUUCUGCCACUUUAAUGAUGACCUGUCCAUCGCAGAGUUUCAGAAGGAAGCCCAUAAAUUGUCAGAACUGAGAGCCGCAACUGAAGAAAACGCACUGAGAAAUCUGGGAUACUACGGAUGGGAUUUUUCAGACGUCAUCCGCACGCAUUUACGAUGUUUGUAG